CUCCUCCGCGCGCUUCCAGGUGUGGUGACGAAGACAACGCGGAAGUGUGUUGUCAACGGCAGCGGAGGGAGCCGCUCAAGUCAACUGUCCCCGGUUAGACGCGAUGUCUAACAAUAGCGAGAUCCGAUACUGUCACAGAUUCUCCUACAUUUGCCUCAAAUUCAUCCUUUUCUCCUAUGCCGUCGUCUGGUGGUUAAUAGGAGGAUUUAUUCUGGCCAUUGGUAUCUAUGCUGAGGUGGAGAGACAGCGCUACAAGACAUUGGAGGGAGUGUUUUUGGCCCCAGCUAUAAUCCUGAUCGUCCUGGGAAUCAUCAUGUUUAUUGUUUCAUUCAUUGGAGUCUUGGCUUCACUCAGGGAUAAUCUAACUCUACUGAAAGUGUUCAUGUACACCCUGACAGUGUGUCUGAUCCUGGAGCUGCUGGGAGGAGUUUUGGCACUACUUUUCCGCAACCAGACGGUGGAUUUGGUGAACAAGAACAUCCGAAGGGGCAUAGUGAACUACUAUGAUGACCUGGACUUCAAAAACAUCAUGGACUUUGUUCAGAAGAAGUUUAAGUGUUGUGGAGGUAAAGAGUAUGAAGACUGGGCAGUUAACAUGUACCACAACUGUUCUGCACCCGGUCCAUUGGCCUGCGGUGUCCCAUAUACCUGCUGCGUUACUACUAAGCCUAAAGAAGUGGCCAACACCCUGUGUGGCUAUAAGGUGCUGGACAAAGAGCGUUUGAAAUUGAUCGAUAUCAUUCACAUCAGAGGCUGCACUGAUGCUUUCUUCAUCUGGCUGAUGGACAACUAUAAGAUUAUGGCUGGAUUGCUGUUAGGAAUCCUACUGCCUCAGUUCUUUGGUGUAAUAGUGAGCUGGCUGUAUAUCACUCGUGUUGAGGAUGCCAUCAAUGAGUUCGGUAAUUACACAGACGGGCUACUGGGCUCAUACCCACAGGAGAGAAGACAAGUGAGUCAGGGCCGCAUGGCCAAAUGGUUUAAGUGUAUGCCAGAGAUCGACUGAUGGAGACAGAAGAAACUGAAACCGGUAAAAAGACUCCAACAUUCAUAGUUGGUCAAAUCAGUCUACAUUGUGGGAGCCUGCCUUUGAACUGUAGGUUUACUACAAGCUCACUCCACUGUGGAGAAAAAAAUGUUUGGCUUUUUUUUUGUUUGUUUUGUUUUGUUGUUUUUUUUUUUCUUUUGGGAAGAAAGAUUUUAAUAAAUAAUUAUUAAUUACUGUGUUAAUAUACAAUCAACUAAUGCAUGAGUGAGAAGUAAGGGCUCAUACAAAGCUUUGAGCUGCACUGUGCCUCAGACAGUCUCAGGGAUAAACAAAGCAACACAACCACUUUUACUUCAGGUGUUACAAUAUGAUAUGAAUUGAGUCUGUUCAGUUAGAUCACACAAACACAAUCUACAGCACUGACUUAUUUUUGUAUCGCGUUUCUUGUUUUUUACUACCUUUUAAACUAUUACUUGUCUACAGAACCACUGGUCCUAUCAUACAACCACAACUGUUGCCAAAACACCUGCAUUGCACUGUAGGACACCAUUUCCAUCAUAUGAAAGCAGGACAUGUUUGCCUCACUUGUAUAUAGAACUGGACAUACUCUGAGGUUUGACACUAAAGAUUGAUAAGUUUAAAUAUAAGCCUAUCGAAUAAGACUGUACCCUGCAUAUACCUUUAUGCCCAUAAGUGCUCAGUGAACCUCCAUGAUGUGUCCAGGGCAAGAAAUGUUGUUUGUAUUGCUCUUUAUAGACAUUUUUGUAAUUUCUUCAUCAAAGCUUUGACUCCAGAUUUGAACUGAACAAUGAGAAAAAUGCUGUGACUUUGCCAUAACAAGGAUAUCUUGGAUAGCAACCCUAUUCCCUACAAGUUACAUCGUACUACUAAUUUGCAACAGCAAAUACAGUGCAUUCUUUGAGACAAGCAAUUCUACCUGAAUUAAAAUAGUUCUGUAAUUUUAGACACAGACAGUGUUAAAUAAGACAUUAAAAAAAUAGACUAGAAAUUAAAGCCAAGUUUAUCGUCAUUGAAAUAGGCUAGCCAAGAUCUAAAACAGAUGAAAUUGCCUUGGAACAGUAUGGUUUAAAGUUUCACAGAUACACACUUUGGCAUGAUAUAAGUCAGUAAUGUGAAGUUAGUCUGCUACUUAACUUUAUUUGCUUUGAUGUGAAGUUGAAGACUGAGACCAAAGACCUAAUCUUCCUUGAAGCUGAUUUUUAUUUCACAUCUCUCUGCCUUCAUCUCCUUAUGUUGCUGUACACUACUGCUUCUAAAUGAUUUGUUUAAACACUGUACUUACAUCACUGCUAAAACAUGUUUUCGAACAUUUUAAGUUGUUUUUUUAAAGCUUUCAGCUGGUGUGUUUAGGGUAAAUGUUAUGUGUUGCCUGAGAUUUUUUAUUUAUUUUUGUUACAGUUACCACCUGCUUCUUACAGUGAGGCUGCAUUCACACAGUCAGAUUUUCAGGUUUUAUGACACAUCUCUAUUGCUGAUGAUAAACAGGAAACAAGUCAGACUCAACAUACCAACUAAGACACAUCACCUUCUAAACAGCUGUGAGAAGAAAUGGCCUGAGUUUUAUAUUUUGUGUCGUAAUUAAUUUGGAAGUAAAGACUAUAUUUUUAAAACACACAGGUCACUUCAUGUGUUAGCCUUAUUGAGCCAGACAUAUCUAAUGGUGAUGAGUUAAGGACCAUCUUGACUUUUAACAGCCUCACAUUUAAAUAAGAUUAUUAAGGGGACUGAUUUAAAAAAACAUGCAUUGACCCAGCUUUGAUAGAAAUAUAACUAGUUACAUUUUAUAGCCUGUUUUGUCUUAUAUUAUAUAUAUCUCUUAUAUUUUUCUGAAUCUUAAUCAUACAGUAUAAUACCAAAGAAAGCCCAUACUUGUUGCCUUUAAUGUGUGCUGCAUGUAAGAUGUUCUAACUUUUCCAAAAUGACAGAAUAUUUCCGUGACUGUGGUAAUGAUCUUUGUUUAACUAUAAUGACUACAUUACACUCUUACAGCACCUACACAUCACAGUUAAAGUGCCAGUUUGGACUCUUUAAAGGAAUAAGAUGAUUCAUGAAUGUACAGUAUAUUCAAAGUGGAAGGGGAAAGUUCAGGUUCACUGGAACUGCAUCAUCUGUCUUUUAUAGCAGCAGCAUCAGUGCAUUGAGUUGCACGAAACCACACUUAUUAAAAGAAGUCUAAUAUGUUGUGAACACAUUUUUCCUGGGUGAGGGUGUAAAAUAAAAUGAUUUAUUGCUGUUGAA